AUGGCCGAGUCGGAAAGCGAAAUUCUAAGAAUUGAAGAACUCGAAGACGAAGAUGCCGACGACGAAUUGGACGACGUUGCUCUAGCAAGUAGACAUUCUGUGAUACACAUGGAUUAUCGGCGAACGAUCGAUACUACGAGGAUAAGGUAUUGAACUUUUUGAUACUGGAUCUAUACGGUGUGACCGAUCUCGAGAGAAAGGUGAUCUUUUUCUACUGCACCUAUUUCACUGAGAUCACUCACGAAGAGGUCCCGGUCUGGGAAAGAAAAACGGAAAGAAUUUCGAAGGAAAAGAAGAGAAGAAGGCCCAAGAAAAUCAAGCCGAAAGUAACGCCUUCGAAGAUCGAUCCACUCGCUUUGCUACGUCAAAUCGAGGAGUCCGCGAUGACACUUCAGUCGGAGCAAAAGUCUAUAAUAAGCAGCGAAGAGAUCGAAGACGGAGAUGAGGAAGAGGAGGAUGAAGAAGAAGGAGGAGAAGGAGAUGAGGAAGAGGGCGAGUCGCAAGAACCGAAGGAGUCAGGAACUGGUGAUACAAUUGCCAAAGAGAAAGAUCCGAAGAAAAAUGACAAACUGGUGCAAAAAGUACGGAAGGUACCGAUCCUUCACAUGAUAUGCGGUGAAGUGGAUGGUAGCAGAACAGACUUGCAAGACGUUACUUUGUUUUACUUCCUGAGAACAACCGACGAGGGUGUACCAAACUUCGAUUCUUACACAGAUUGCGAAGAGGAGAUUACGAGUUAUUUGGUCGUUGGGUCUCUCCAAGGGAAGUUUCUGGUCUCUUUGAACAGAAUGCUCGUUGAAGUGUUUAAACCGUUGGUUUUAUCCCAAUUCAGAGGACUGCAACUUAUAGAAGCACCGAGAGAAGAGGAGCCUGACGUAGAGGAACAUACUCCAAGUUGGACAGACAUCAUAGCAACUCGAAGCUCGAUAUUCAGAAAACCGUCAGAAUUUCGUAGAAUAUCGAUUGUAAUGGCGAAGAAAGAGGCUGAGGAAGCCGACGACGACGAAAUACCAUUGUCUAGCGUUCUUUCCCCGAGGGAGACCAAAAGCAGGAUAAAAUUGAAACGGAAAACCCGCAAAGUAGAGAUCAGUUUUGACCGAGCUAGAAGGAUAACGGAAUCCAAAGUGCCGGAAAUACGUCCGUCAAUCGAUCAGAAUAAAAACGAUAUUCUGUCGUACUUGGAUAAAUUAAUAUCUGGCGUGGAAUGGUUAGUAAUUGGCGAUAUUUUGUUAACAAUGCCGAAUAUACCGGAACUCGAUGAUCCUAACGUUACUGACGAGAUGUUGGAGAAGAACACGGAAGUGAUCGAACAACUAGAAAACGAUCGAGAAAUAGGAUUGUUAAUGCUGGUGGAACAAUUGAAAACUCCUAUGGCCAAGAGGAUAUUGCAUUUACUGAGCACCGUCUUCUCGCCAAUCGCCUCCAACUUUGAAUAUUUUUAUUCAGACUUGUGGAAAUGUUAUUCCGAAGCCAGGGAUAAUAAUCUUGAUGACAGAGUCAGAUUGCUUCAAAACAAUCAGCCAAGCCAUUCCUCCGCUGAUGGAAGGAAUAAGAAUGAUUUGGAUCCUCUCGAGUUAUUACUCCCACGAGGAAAAGAUGGUGGGCCUGAUGGAAAGAAUAUCAUGGCAACUUUGUCAAACUGUCAUAAAGCAUUUGUCCAUCAACAAUCUCUUCAAACAGAAGAAGCCGGCACGAUGUUGAAAAGCUGGAAGCAGGCUUACUUGAAGAAUCGGGAAGACAUCGAGGAGUCUGGCAAAGGGACGCGCUGGGAAUUCGAUCAGAAGCGACUGUUCAAGAGCACCGAGUACAUCGCAUCCGUUUGCGACGGUCUGAACCAAGUGGCGAACGUCCUUCAAGACUUCCACAACAUCUUCGGGCCCGAAUUGAAAUCGAUCAUCAGCGACCCGGCUCAAAUCGACACCGUGGUCAAACGAGUCGACAGACUGAUCCUUCCGAUUCUGGAGGCCGACUACAACGUCUUCGACGAGUACAAUCAAGAGAAUUGGGAAGCCACUAUCUCGUCGUUCUUCGAGGAGUUGUUAAAUGACAAAUCGUGGUGUACGAUAGGGAAACGAAAUCCUCCACUAUUAACAUACCACACACCGAUGGCCGGCGCAAUCUACUGGGUCAGACAAUUGUUUCACCGUCUGAGGAAGUCAGUCUUGAUCUUUCAAAAUAUUCCGGAGUUGAAGCACAGCAAGUUGAAGAUUCUGGCUUUCAGCCAAUACUACGAGGUGUCGAAACAAAUGAAAGCGUUCGAGGAAUCAAAAUACCAAUCAUGGGCGGACAAGGCCCAAUUCGUUGUAAUAAAUACCAUGAAAAGGAGUAUCUUGAAAAUGGCACGUUCCGAACCGGACAAAGGUUUAUUAACAUUCCCAGAAAUCAAGAACCUUCAGACAAUUCACGCGUCGAAGAAAACGAAAGGCAAAGAAUUCGGAUCCCUUGGUUCUAUCCCUCACAGUUUUCUUCAAAGGCCUGAACCUGAUGUGUCGAAACCAAGCAUCGAGACGGCCAGUUCCAGUGGGAUCAAGGGACAAGUCAGAUCGGAAUUAAGACCCGAGGCGAAAGCAUCGUUUCCAUCCCACAAAGAUCAAAAAUCGUGGACCUCAACUUCGGAAAAGCAGGUCAUUCAAGGAACGAAAAUUACUUGGGCGGAAUUUAUGAGCGGAUCGAUUCUCGUCGAAUGUCAGCUUCGUUUCCAAGUGAAUUUCGAUUGGGACCUGUUCGAAAUCAUUCACGAGGCUGAACUGAUGGAACAAUUAGGUUUCGAAUUAAUCCCGAUAGUGAAAGACGUUAGCAUUCAGAAAAAUCGGUUGAGAGACGACCUCGAAAUGAUGGAGAAAGUAAUCAACCAGUACAACGAGAUAAUCGAUAAAAUGGACAAAGCAGAUAUACAAUUGUUGAGGAACACCUUGCUGGACGUCGAGAAGCAUAUUCAGCCUGGAGUAAUGCGUUUCAAUUGGAACUCUUUAAAUAUUUUUGACUACGCGCACAGCUGCGAGAAAUUGCUAAAGAAUCUAAGCUCGAUCGUGGAUCAGACUUAUUUCCAAGAGAUACAAAAUCGGAGAAUCGAGCUAGUUGGCGCUAUGUCGACGAUAUAUCAGUCAACGAGUCCAGUGCUGAUAAAACUGGAAAGUCUAGUAUUGGCAACGCACACAGGAAGAAGCCCAUCCAUGCAGUUGUUUUACGAGAAGUACGAGAAGAAAAUAUUUUCCGCCUUCAUAACAUGCAUGGUGAAGAACUUAGAGUGUUUCAAUAAAACUCUGAUGGACACCAAGCCGAUUUUCCAAGUGGACGGUAUAUUAAUUGCCUCGGAAGCGGUUCUGAGGCCAUCGCCUGGCGAAAUUUACAACAUUAUCCUGCAAAACGUGAGGAAUCUGUUAGAAAAGUUGAAAACAUUUCCCAGAUGGAUGAAUGGAACUUGUUUGGAAUGCAAACCGCAAAGGAAGAACGAUUACGAAACGUUCGCCACGGUUACAUUCUUCGAGGACGUCAUGAGCAUUCAGGUAGUGAAUGAUAAUAUACUAAUGGUUCAAAGGUCGGCGCAUAAAAUAGCGUUGGACGCUUGGCACUAUCUGUACAGGUGGAAGAAGUAUAGUAAUCUCUGGUCGUUCGACAAGAACCUGGCUGCCGAAAAGUACGCAGCGACCGAACCUACUCUCCAUCAAUACGACGACAAAUUCUGUUUCUACGACAAUAUUCUUCAGGAAAUAACCGAAAUGGCAAUCCAUUAUGAUCUCUACUGCGUACGGUAA